CAAAUGCCCUAUAACAACAGUUUUCUAACAAUUAAACUGGCUUUGCUCCAACUGCCACUGUUACUGUCUCCGCCACCAGGUGGCGACAAGCGCACACUAGUCACACUGACACGGCCGGCAACAGACAAGAGAGUUGUUAUGGUUCUGGAACGUUCCAUAGAGGGACAAUCUUGUUCCCGCUACAUCUCUAUCUUGUUGGAGGACGCGUGACGUCAGAUCGAGCGGGAACGCAAAGUUGCUCCAUGGAUGUGGAGGGAUAGAGUGGAGUCCCCCUGGCCUACUCUCUAUGAGCCCGGAGGAGUGGAGGAUCUGGCAGGCAGCCACCAGCGCCAUGAAGCUGCAGUGUGAGGUGGAGGUAAUCAGCCGGAUGCUGCCCACGUUCGGCAUGAGGAACCGAGGGAAGGGCACCCGGGCGGCGCUGUCCGUGGGGAGACAGCAGGAGAAGGGAUCCGGAGAGCCAGGACCAAUCUAUUUAAUGAUCUGCACCCUGAAGGACAAGGCCGGAGCCAGAUACAAGUUGCAGUCAAAUAUUGAGAAUCUGUUUUCCAAGUUUUUAAACGAGGGGAAGGCGACAAUACGACUUCGAGCACCAGCUGUGGAUAUCUGUCUGAGCAAGGCAGAUGUCUGUAGUCUAAAGAAUUUUAUUUCUGCCGUGGGCAUGGCGCAUAGAGGCACAGAUGCCAGUCCUGUACCAUUGUCACGUCUGAUUCCUGCUAAGACCUCUGAAAUAGAAAAGCCCAGAGCGAAGUUGAUCAUUAAUUGCAAGAAAGAUUACCCCCUUACAAAGAACUUUCCGUAUUCGCUGGAGCACCUCCAAGUGUCCUACUGCAAUCUGGCCCGCGUUGACAUGCGAAUGCUGUGUUUAAAGAAGCUUCAGAAACUUGAUCUCAGCAACAACCAUAUCAAGAAGUUACCAAAGACUAUAGGUGACCUCGUGUACCUCCAGGAACUCACCCUGCACAGCAACUUCCUGGAAUCCUUUGAGGUAGCGCUGUGUAAUUCCACUCUGAGGCACUCGCUGAAGUCUUUGGAUCUGAGUGAGAAUAAACUGAAAGCCCUUCCUGUCCAGUUCUGCAACUUCAGAGAACUUGUCAGCCUGAAACUCGAUGACAAUGAACUCGUUCAACUACCGUUUGCUAUCGGCAAGCUGGGUAAACUGCGCUUCCUCUCCGUGACAAAGAACAAACUUCCAUACCUUCCCAACAGCUUCAAAACGCUAGUGCUAGAAAACCUGGAUCUGUUCGGUAACCCAUUUGUGAAGGCCAAUCCAAUGGCUCCUGACAUUCAGCUGAAAGUCCCUCUGUCUUUACAGGAAACUGCUUCAAGAGUAACGAUUAGCUACAGAAUCCCAUAUGGGCCACAACUACUUCCCAAAACCCUGUGCCAAGAUCUUUCUGUAGCCAAGACCUGUGAUUGCGGUGGGCCGUGCUUAAGUUCCUUCAUCCAGACCAUUGUCUUAAUGAAUCUACACCAGGUGUCUCGGACAGUGGUCCUUGUGGACUCCAUGGGGGGUACAGAAGCUCCUAUCAUUUGUUACUUUUGCUCUCUCACCUGUUACUCUGUGUUUCUUGAUAAAUACCUGCAAAGUACUAGAGUGUAACCUCCUGUAUGUGAUGACGUCUGGUAUCUCCUGCUGACACCUCUGCUUCCACUUCACAAGAUGCCUCCAAUAUUUGUCAAAACAUGUUAGGCUGCCUUAAUGUCACGGUUCCGGAUAAGCUGCAUCCUUGUGGACAUUGACUUACAGUAGGUUACAGGGCUGUCUAUGCUGUGUGAGUGAAUGGGGGACAUUCUUUAGGAUUGUCUGACAAUGUAGGAUUGUAGUCCAGUACAGGGAAACGUUGAGGUUUUUCAUUCAUCUUUGGUGAGUGGUAAUGAAGAAUUGAAGUAUGAUUAGUUUACCUUUUCUCCAUGUUGCAAAUGUAUGCUUUGAGUUCAUUUGUUAUGACGUGGAUCUGCUAAGGAAUCUUUAUUCUUCUUCAAGGGAGAUGGGGGGAGGGUCACUCACAGGUAAAGCUUUCAGCACUUCUAUAGCGCUGCUACAGAUUAUAUGAAUACUACAGCACAUGUUUAAAUGGCGUUGGGUUUAGUAUGCCGGUGGUCAGCAUACCGACGCCAGGAUGCCGUCAGGGGGGAGAUUGCUACAAAGCCCCCUGUAGGCUCAGUGUUUCGCUGCGCUCGUCUCAAAUUCUAUUCCCACUCUAUGGGUGUCGUGGACACCUAUGAGUGGGUAUAGCCCCUGUUAGCCGGGAUUCUGUCUGUCUGCAUGGUCAGUGGUGUCCUAUCCCAUUUAAAUUGUGUAGCAUCAGAUCAGAGGUUUAUGUCUGGACGUAGUGGUGAGUAGCAUCUAGUGCUGACAGAAGGUGAUGUAGUGGUGAGUGGCAUCUAGUGCUGACAGAAGGUGAUGUAGUGGUGAGUGGCGUCUAGUGCUGACAGAAGGUGAUGUAGUGGUGAGUGGCGUCUAGUGCUGACAGAAGGUGAUGUAGUGGUGAGUGGUGUCUAGUGCUGACAGAAGGUGAUGUAGUGGUGAGUGGCGUCUAGUGCUGACAGAAGGUGAUGUAGUGGUGAGUGGCGUCUAGUGCUGACAGAAGGUGAUGUAGUGGUGAGUGGCGUCUAGUGCUGACAGAAGGUGAUGUAGUGGUGAGUGGCGUCUAGUGCUGACAGAAGGUGAUGUAGUGGUAAGUGGCGUCUAGUGCUGACAGAAGGUGAUGUAGUGGUGAGUGGCGUCUAGUGCUGACAGAAGGUGAUGUAGUGGUGAGUGGCGUCUAGUGCUGACAGAAGGUGAUGUAGUGGUGAGUGGCGUCUAGUGCUGACAGAAGGUGAUGUAGUGGUGAGUGGCGUCUAGUGCUGACAGAAGGUGAUGUAGUGGUGAGUGGCGUCUAGUGCUGACAGAAGGUGAUGUAGUGGUAAGUGGCGUCUAGUGCUGACAGAAGGUGAUGUAGUGGUAAGUGGCGUCUAGUGCUGACAGAAGGUGAUGUAGUGGUGAGUGGCGUCUAGUGCUGACAGAAGGUGAUGUAGUGGUGAGUGGCGUCUAGUGCUGACAGAAGGUGAUGUAGUGGUAAGUGGCGUCUAGUGCUGACAGAAGGUGAUGUAGUGGUGAGUGGCGUCUAGUGCUGACAGAAGGUGAUGUAGUGGUGAGUGGCGUCUAGUGCUGACAGAAGGUGAUGUAGUGGUGAGUAGCAUCUAGUGCUGACAGAAGGUGAUGUAGUGGUGAGUGGCGUCUAGUGCUGACAGAAGGUGAUGUAGUGGUAAGUGGCGUCUAGUGCUGACAGAAGGUGAUGUAGUGGUAAGUGGCGUCUAGUGCUGACAGAAGGUGAUGUAGUGGUGAGUGGCGUCUAGUGCUGACAGAAGGUGAUGUAGUGGUGAGUGGGGUCUAACGCUGGCAGAGGGUGAUGUAUGAGUGAGUGGCAUUAGGCGCUGGCAGUGGGUGUUGUAAAACACUGAUCUUUAAAGACUUGUUCAUAUUUGAACAAAGAUAAAUGUUUUUGUUUUUAUCACUAUCUUAUUUUGAAGUGCAAAGUGUAAAAUAGAACCGUUUUAAAACUAUUUUAAUAAAUGCUAUUUUUAUUUAUUGAUUAUAA